GAGUCGCAUUUUCUCACAGGGUUGGGAUUGUCUCGAAGCGAUCUCGAACCCAAGGCGGCACUAUGCUCCAAAGUCUAUGUGUGGCACACUAGGACCGAAAAAGGCAAAUUCUCAAAAGAGGAUUGGAAAAGAAUAUCUUCAAAGGAUAGGGAACUGUUCGAUGACAUCGAAGCUCAUGCUAUUGGACUUUAA